GCUAUGAGAAUAUUGUUAAAUAAAUUACCUAGACCGUGGAUAGUUGAUGAGAAAAAAGAUGAUGGUUAUACAGCUUUACAUUUAGCUGCUUUGAAUAAUCAUGUUGAAGUAGCUGAAUUAUUGGUGCAACAGGGUAAAGCAAAUAUGGACAUACAGAAUGUUAAUCUACAGACGCCAUUACAUUUAGCAGUAGAAAGACAACAUACACAGAUUGUAAGGUUGUUAGUGAGAGAAAGUUGUAAUUUAAAUAUACCAGAUAAAGAUGGUGAUACUCCAUUACAUGAAGCUUUACGUCAUCAUACACUUUCACAACUACGACAAUUACAAGACAUGCAAGAUGUUGGAAAGGUAAGAUCAUUAGAUGGUGACAUUUUGUUCCUUGCCAGAUUUUUAUUGAUGGGACUAGGAACUCCAGGUGCUGAUAAGAAAUCCAGUGCUUCCAUUGCCUGUUUUCUGGCAGCUAAUAGUGCUGAUUUAAAUAUUAAGAACAAAAAAGGGCAGACUCCAUUAGAUUUAUGUCCAGACCCUAACUUAUGCAAAGCUUUAGCCAAAUGUCACAAGGAAAGAAACAGCCCCUCAAUACCUACAUCUAAUACAGUAGUUAUAAGAAAUGAUCAGGAAUCAUUAGAAGAAUGUAUGGUGUGUUCUGAUAUGAAGAGAGAUACAUUAUUUGGACCUUGCGGACAUAUUGCUACAUGUUCAUUAUGUUCACCUAGAGUUAAAAAAUGUUUAAUGUGUAAAGAACAAGUUCAGUCUAGAACAAAGAUUGAAGAGUGUGUAGUAUGUUCAGAUAAAAAAGCUACCAUAUUGUUUAAACCUUGUGGACAUAUGUGUGCUUGUGAUGGUUGUGCUGCUCUAAUGAAGAAAUGUGUACAAUGUAGAUCUAAUAUAGAGAAAACUGUACCAUUUAUUGUUUGUUGUGGUGGGACACCGCCACCUGCACCACUACCACCCAAUGUAAUGAAUAACGGUUCUCGUGAUAACAAUCGUGAUGUACAGAAAUUAUCACAACAAUUACAAGAUAUUAAAGAUCAGACAUCAUGUCCUGUAUGUAUGGACAGAUUAAAGAAUAUGAUAUUUUUAUGUGGACAUGGUGCAUGUCAACUGUGUGGUGACAGAUUAAAUGAAUGUCCAAUAUGUCGUAAAGCUGUGGAGAAGAGAAUCUUAUUAUAUUAACUAUAUGAUUUGUACAUGUAGAUAUUAUAUUUUAGAAAUCAAAAUUUGUAAUUAAAAUCAUGAGAUGUUACUAGUGCUUAUAGUACUUUCAAUCUUUUGUCAUGACAUGUACAAAUUAUGCUUAUAUAAUUUUGGGCUAAUUUAUCGGAAAGUUUUUUGUUGUUUUUUGGAAUUUCAUCAUUUUAUAUUAUGAUUUGAAAAGGUAAUGAUCAGUUUUUCCUUGUAACGGUUUUGAUUAAUGUCUCUCUUGAGAGCUCAAACAUGAAUGGGAAAGUUAGACAUUUCUUUGGAUAUCACAAAAUUAAUCUACUAACAUGCAACUACAUGAAACAAAAAUGCACAAAAAUGGGUAACAAAUGAAAGAAAAAGAAAUUAGAAAACUGUCUGACUUAUCUAAUCUCUCUAUAUGAUAGGGCUUGGUGGUAUACUACUAACAAUU